AUGAGUGAGCUUAACGGUGGCUGUUCUUGUGGUCGCAACAAAUACACCAUCCAAAUCCCGCAAAACUCAGCAGAUGGCGCACAAGUCUUUUUCGAUAGCAGUAAUGUUCAUCGACGAUCACAAGCUGCUCCCCUCUCAGCAUGGCUUCGUGUGCCAUUAGCUUGGUAUCACUCAACGACGUAUGCCUUCUUCGAUGAUGAAUCACACAACACAAUUCGACGAUCUUAUACCCCUCCAUCCGAACAACAUGCGAAACGACAUUUCUGUGGCUUUUGUGGAACACCCCUCUCCUUUUGGACGGAAGAACCGGCAGACCAUGCUGAUUAUAUUUCGUUGACUUUGGGAUCAUUGGCUUCUUCGGAUCUGCGAGAUCUCGAAGAAUUGGGUUUACUUCCCAAAGAAGCACUCGAAGAUGCACAGAAUGAUAAACAAACUAUCGAGACUGUCAUACCACACACUGAGAACGACGGCAGAGGAGAACAAGGUCUACCAUGGUUUGAGACAUUGGUUGAAGGAAGUCGACUAGGAAAAAUGAAAACAAGCAGAGGCAGGAGAACUGCCGACGAUGGUCGAAUCAAAGUAGAAUGGGAGAUUGUAGAGUGGACUGGUGAAGAUGACGAUGUGCAGCUACCUAUAACUGGGAAGAGAAAGUUGGAUGCUACGAGUCCAGGUGAAGGCUCUCGCAUGGAGGGGCUACAAUAG